GUCCUAUGUGGGGAAGCGAAAGCUAUAAAAGCUUUCAACAAAUCUUAACCACACCGUUUACCAUACAAGCACGCGAAACAUAGUGGGUGCCAUGAAGUUAUACGUGACCCUAUUAGUAGCUGUGGCUGCUAUUGCUCCGUCAUGGAGUAGAGUGGUGCAACAACAGGACUAUACCACCCCUACGCCCAUCUUGAAACAGAUCAAUCGACACAACGAGGAUGGAUCGUACAGUUAUGGGUACGAAGGGGCAGAUGGGACGUACAAGAUCGAAACCAAGUACCCCAACGGGGAAGUAUAUGGUAAAUACGGAUACGUCGAUGACCAAGGGAAAGUAAGGGAGGUGGAGUAUGGAGCCACCAGAAGGGGAUUUGAACCAGCCGGUAGCGAAAUCAGCGUUCCGCCACCUACUUUGGAACAAAACCCAAAAGCGGCAAAACCAUUAGCACCUAAUGAGGAAGACGAUGGUCAAUAUCGCGAAGAUCCAAGUGUAUACUACAAAGAUGACAAAUACAAUCGCGAUCCCCCAAGACAAUACAACGAUCAAAGGUACGACACGUGGAACCAACAACCAGCAUGGAAACAGCCAAGUCGCCUGGACGAUUUCGACAAUUUCAUCUUCAACAAUCCUACCACAACCCCUAGACCAUACUAUCCCCCUCCACCACCACCACCACAACCACCACAAAGAUCUUACAACCCCCAACCUGCUUACAAUCCUCCUCCUCGACCUGCUUAUAACCCACCACCCCCACCACCUGCAUACAACCCCCCACCGGUACCAUAUAAUCCACCUCAACCGGCCUAUAAUCCCAAUUACAACAACUACAACAAUUAUUACGCACAAAACCCCUACGUGCCGAACAUCGACUACUAUACUGGCUCUUACACGGUCAACUACAGGUAGAGGGUGGUUUUUCGUAAUAGUUGAUAGUCUUUUGUUGUAAAUAUAUGUAUGUACUUAAAUAAAUAGUUAAGAACUUUCA